AUGUCGUCCUCGAGCGCACUCACCGCUGCGCCGGUCAGUGGCACGGACGGAGCGGAGUCGAGCAAACCGAUGACGGAUCAGAAUUCGGGUGACCUGUUCCCUUUUCUGCAGGAGCUGCAGGAGGAUUUCCCAGCCAAUGGCGGCGAGCUUCCCAUAGGGGAACUUCUCAUGCUGCUGAGUGCCAAAAAGUCCGAUGUGUUUGCACGCCUUGACGGAUUCUUCGAGACGGCCAGACGAGUCUCGGACCUUGACGAGACAAUGGCGCUCAAGUGGAAGGAGAAGGGUAACGCAGAGUAUAAGAGGCGACUGCAUCAGCAGGCGGUUUUCUCUUACACAAACGGGCUCCUCUGCGCCGAGGCGCCAGAGACGCUGGCAGUGCUGCUCAAUAACCGUAGCACCGUUUUCUUCGACGAGCAUCGCUACGCCGACGCCUGCGUCGACGCGGACCGCGCGGUGCAAUACCAGCCGACUUAUUGGAAGGCGUUGCAGCGCCGUGGCCGCUCCCUCAUGGAGCUUGGCUUUACAGAGCUGGGCCAGAAGGAUAUCGAGGCCUCAAAGCAGGAGUCGAGCGAUGCCGCCAACUCGCCAGCAACCAUGGCGAAGGUUUUUGGCGAGGUCACGAGCGGUAUGGCGGCAGCGUGCCUGCCUCCGCGCGCGCGUCUGAACGAAGAGGUGCGGAUAGAGCGAUCUGCAAGGGGACGCGGUUUUGUAGCGGCCAGUCGGCUGACGGAGGGGCCGAUGCUAGAAGAAACCCCGUACGCCAUUGCGGCUCGCACCGAGGCACUGCUGUCCGCAUGCUCGUACUGCCUGCAGCACAGCGCCUGCCUCUACCACGGUGACGAGUACCGGCAGCACCACGUCAAGUCACGCGGCUUCUUCUGCAGCCCCGCAUGUGCGAAGGCCGCGUGGGAGCACUACGGCCAACACGAGAGUCAUCACCCUUUCUUUCUCUGCUGCCCCAAUGAUGCGCUGCUGGCGUAUCGCAUGAUUCUCGGCAUGCGCGCAUACCCGGACCUCGCGGAGCUCUCCGCUUCCCCCGAGCUCGACCCUGUGACGGAGAACGACUUUGGCGCUCAUCACAUUCGCACCCUGGAAGGCAGCUUCAGCUGCGAGCUCCAGCCGAACGCGGCCGUCGGCGGCUGCGAGUCGAUCGUCGCCACGAUCGGCUUCUACGUGGGUGCGCUGACAGAGCCUGAGGCAGAGCAGCUACGCAAGGCGCAACGACAGAUUCUUCUCAACGCGGUGGAUGUGACGUGCAUGAUGCGGACCACCGCGGCGCCUUCAGAAGCCAACAGCUCGGCGCUUCUGCAGACAAACACGGUGGUGGCGCGCCUUGGCAAGGCGGUAUAUGCAGUUGGCGCACUCUUUAACCACGCCUGCGACCCGAACUGCUACGUAUCGUUUGAGGGCAACCCGCAGGGGUCGUGUGCCCGGCUCAUCGUUCGUGCCAUUCGCCCGGUCAUGGAGGGCGAGGAACUGACGGUGUCGUACGGCGGCAUAUCAUGCUUUUCUUUCCACAGCAUGCGCCAUCGACUGCAGACCCUGCGCGACCGCUACGGCUUUUUCUGCGGCUGUCGGUCAUGCCGUAACCAGGUCGAUGAGCCGGUGCCGGCAGCGGAGAAGGAUAAGUACAUCCAGGCGUCCGACUACUAUCAGAAAGGGCGCCGCCUAGUGCGAGAGCGCAACUACGCCACUGCCGUCACAGUGCUACUGCAAAGCUACGAGAUUGUCAUGCGGUACAUUUGCCCGCCGCCACACCCGCCGCAGUGGAUGCUCAUCAAGACGCACGACGCCCUCGCCCAGGCCUACUUCCACCUGGAGCAGCGAGACAAGUGCGUGGAACACUUGCAGGAGGCCCUGCGGCUGAACGUAGAAGUUCACAAGAAUGACAACAGGGUGGAGCUCAUCAACGAGCACACCCGUCUCGCUUUCCUCGCUGCUAGUCCCGCAGAAAAGAGGGUGCAUGUGGACAAGGCGGUGGAGCUGCUGCGCCGCUUCUACGCACCGUCGAGCAUGCUGGACCUUCAGAUAGCGUACGUGGAGUCCAGCCUCAAGGUGGAAUCGGACACACCCGAAGCUGCAGCGGCUGCGCCGAAGGUGUGA